AUGCAGUCCUCUAUCCUGCGCGCUCGCGCGCCCAUCUCGCGCCUUGCAUCCCGCAUUCCUAGCUCCGGCACUCGGGCUAUGGGCACAUAUGCCACUUUCAAGAUCCCCCAGAUCAACAACGAGCCCAACAAACACUACGUUCCUGGCUCACCAGACCGCAAGGGUCUUGAGGAUGCCCUGGCAAGCUACAAGAAGAGCGCCCCGUUGAACGUGCCUCUGGUUGUUGCCGGCAAGGAGCUUAAGGGCUACGAAACUUUCACUCAGAGCAACCCCGCAUCCCACGCUCCCGUGGCCACUUACUCCAAUGCCACUAAGGCCGAUGUCCAGGCUGCGAUUGACUCAGCCCUCGCAGCUCGCAAGUCUUGGGCCGACACUCCCUUCGCUGAGCGUGCCAGCAUCUUCCUCAAGGCCGCCGAUCUGAUUGCCACCAAGUACCGUUACGACAUCAUGGCUCUGACCAUGCACGGUCAGGGAAAGAACGCAUGGCAGGCUGAGAUCGACUCCGCCGCCGAGCUGGUUGACUUCUUCCGAUUCGGCGUGAAGUACGCCGAGGAGGUCUACGCUCAGCAGCCUUCCCACAACUCCCCCGGUGUGUGGAACCGCACCGAGUACCGCCCUCUGGAGGGUUUCGUGUACGCCAUCAGUCCUUUCAACUUCACUGCUAUUGGCGGUAACUUGGCUGGUGCUCCCGCUCUGAUGGGUAACGUUGUUAUCUGGAAGCCCUCCCCCGCCGCCAUUGCCUCCAACUGGCUGGUGCACCAGAUCCUCCUCGAGGCCGGUCUGCCCAAGGAUGUCAUCCAGUUCGUCCCCGGUGAUGCCGAGGAGGUGACCAGCACCGUUCUGGAGAGCCGUGACUUCGCUGCUCUUCACUUCACCGGAAGCACUGAUGUCUUCCGUAUGCUGUACGGCAAGAUCUCCCAGGGUGUGGCGGAUGGCAAGUACCGCAGCUACCCCCGCAUCGUUGGCGAGACCGGUGGCAAGAACUUCCACUUGGUCCACAAGUCCGCCGACGUGCGCAACGCCGCGGUCCAGACCGUUCGUGGUGCUUUCGAAUUCCAGGGCCAGAAGUGCAGUGCCACUUCUCGCGCCUACAUCGCCUCUUCCAUCGUCGAGGACUUCACUCAGCAGGUUGUCGCCGAGGUCCAGAAGAUCAACGUCGGCGAGCCCACCGAGUUCACCAACUUCUGCGGUCCCGUCAUCCACGAGGGCUCCUUCAACAAGCUCGCCGGUGUCAUCGACGAGGCCAAGAAUGACCCCGAGCUUGAGCUCCUGGUCGGUGGAUCCUACGAUUCCUCCAAGGGAUGGUACAUCCAGCCUACCGUUUACCGUACCACCAACCCCGACCACCCCCUUCUGUCCCGUGAGCUCUUCGGUCCCGUUCUCGUCAUCCACGCCUACAACGACGCCACCGAGGCCGAUUUCACCAAGAUCUGUGACAAGAUCGACAGCACCAGCACCUACGGUCUGACUGGUUCCGUGUUUGCUCAGGACCGCGCCGCCGUCCAGGUUGCCGAUGAGGCCCUCCGCAACGCCGCUGGUAACUUCUACAUCAACUGCAAGAGCACUGGUGCCGUUGUUGGCCAGCAGCCCUUCGGUGGUGCUCGUGCCAGUGGUACCAACGACAAGGCCGGUAGCGCCAACCUGAUGACUCGCUUCGUCAGCCUCCGCUCCAUCAAGGAGGAGUAUGUUCCCACAUACACCGUUGCCUACCCCAGCAACGCCAACUAA